AUGGCUUCAAGUACCGCGGGGGCUAAUUCUUCCAAAUCAGAAUUCCCCAGUGAAAGCUCGGAUUCGGACACUAUAUUUACUGGUAGUGACUAUGAGCGUGAACGGGAGAACCUGAGGAAUGCCAACCGCCAGGGCUUGACACAACCGACUGGGGGGGUCAAUGUACAGCAGGCGGAAGAAGACUUUGCUAUCUUGAGCAAGGAGUUGUCUAGAAUUUCGGAGAAAUCGAAACGGCCUUUCUCCCGAGAACAAAACGGGAUAAAAGAGAAGGGUUCUUACGAUAUUGAAGGCGCCUCUGACCACGACGAGCAGUUUGACCUGGAGGCUGCCCUUCAUGGCUCCCGGGAUGCAGAGGCAGAAGCUGGAAUACGACCAAAGAGAAUAGGUGUUAUAUGGGACGGCCUCACUGUUCGUGGUAUCGGUGGAGUAAAGCAUGCCGUACGAACGUUCCCCGAUGCCGUAAUUGAUUUUCUCAACGUGCCGGCCACGAUUUACAGCAUGCUAGGAUUUGCGAAGAAGGGCAAAGAGUUCGAAAUCCUAAAGGACUUCAAAGGUGUAGCUAAGCCAGGUGAGAUGGUCUUGGUUCUGGGUAAGCCCUCUUCAGGGUGUACGACCUUUUUGAAGGUGAUAGCAAACCAGAGAUUCGGAUACACUGGUAUCGAUGGUGAGGUUCUCUAUGGGCCCUUCGAUUCAGAUAACUUUGCGAAGCGUUACCGCGGAGAGGCAGUCUACAAUCAAGAAGAUGAUAUCCAUCAUCCCUCUCUCACUAUCAUCAACCUACUACUUAAAAUGUUUAACAUUGAGCACACUAUCAACACCAUCGUUGGUAACCAGUUUAUGCGAGGUGUCUCUGGAGGCGAGAGGAAACGAGUCAGUAUCGCCGAAAUGAUGGUUACUGCAGCCACUGUCUUAGCAUGGGAUAACACUACUCGUGGGUUGGAUGCGUCGACAGCUCUGGAUUUCGCCAAGUCUCUCCGGAUUAUGACCAAUAUCUAUAAGACAACCACCUUCGUAUCGCUAUACCAAGCGUCAGAGAACAUCUAUAACCAGUUUGAUAAAGUGAUGGUACUAGAUCAAGGUCGUCAAGUUUUCUUUGGACCAAUUGACGAAGCCCGUGGCUAUUUUGAAGGCUUAGGAUUCAAAGAAAAACCGCGUCAAACCACCCCUGAUUACCUUACUGGCUGUACCGAUCCUUUUGAAAGGGAAUAUAAGGAAGGACGAAAUGAAACCAACGUUCCAUCCACUCCAGCUGAUUUGGUUAAAGCCUUUGAUGAAUCAAAGUUCAAUAAAGAUCUAGACGAUGAGAUGGCCCGAUAUCGCACUACGCUCGAGGAGGAGAAACACAUUCAAGAGGACUUUGAGAUUGCCCAUCGUGAAGCCAAACGAAAGUUCACCUCGAAAUCCUCCGUCUACUCGGUGCCAUUUUACUUGCAGGUCUAUGCGCUCAUGAACCGACAAUUCUUGAUUAAAUGGCAGGACAAAUUCUCUCUUACUGUCUCAUGGAUCACCUCAAUCUCAAUAGCUAUUAUUAUCGGAACAGUCUGGCUAAGGCUUCCAGAAACCAGUGCUGGCGCAUUCACCCGUGGUGGUCUCCUCUUUAUCGCUCUACUUUUCAACGCUUUUCAAGCAUUCGGUGAACUUGCAUCGACAAUGUUGGGACGCCCGAUCAUCAACAAACAACGUGCCUUUACCUUCUACCGCCCAAGUGCUCUAUGGAUCGCCCAGGUUGUAGUCGACAUGGCUUUCUCUUCGACCUUGAUUUUUGUGUUUAGUAUUAUCGUCUAUUUCAUGUGCGGUCUUGUGCUAGACGCAGGAGCAUUCUUCUCAUUCGUCCUAGUCAUAAUAACGGGAUACCUUGCCAUGACACUAUUUUUCCGUACCGUUGGCUGCCUUUGCCCCGAUUUCAACUAUGCUUUGAAGGGAGUCUCUGUGCUGAUUUCAUUUUAUGUCCUGACGUCCGGUUAUCUAAUUCAAUGGCAUAGCCAGCAGGUUUGGCUUCGAUGGAUAUUUUAUAUCAAUCCCCUUGGCCUUGGAUUCUCAUCGAUGAUGAUCAACGAAUUCAGCCGCCUUACCAUGACUUGUGAGUCUGACUCCCUUAUCCCUGCUGGACCAGGGUAUUCGGAUUUCGCGCAUCAAGUUUGCACUUUGCCUGGUGGUGAUCCGGGGUCAACUACUAUUCCAGGGUUCAACUACCUCAGUCUAGCGUUCAAUUAUCAAACGGCCGAUCAAUGGAAAAACUGGGGUAUCAUCGUCGUUUUAAUCGUCGCAUUCUUGUUCGCUAACGCUUUCCUUGGUGAGGUGCUCACGUUUGGCGCUGGUGGAAAAACUGUCACUUUCUUUGCGAAAGAAUCAAAGGAACUCAAGGACCUCAACGGAAAACUAAUGAAGAAGAAGACCGACCGACAACAGAAGCGGAUUGACGACACCGGAUCGGACUUGCAGGUCACAUCUAAAGCCGUCCUAACCUGGGAGAAUCUCUGCUACGAGGUGCCUGUUCCUGGGGGGACACGGCGUCUUUUAAACAGUGUUUAUGGAUAUGUUGAGCCAGGAAAACUCACUGCUCUCAUGGGUGCUAGUGGUGCUGGUAAAACGACACUUCUUGAUGUUCUGGCCUCGCGUAAAAACAUUGGAGUUGUUACUGGUGAUGUCCUGGUUGAUGGUCGUCCUAGAGGCACUGCCUUCCAACGUGGAACGUCCUACGCUGAGCAACUUGACGUGCAUGAACCUACACAGACUGUCCGCGAGGCCCUCCGUUUCUCUGCAACCCUCCGUCAACCAUACGCUACUCCAGAAUCGGAAAAAUUCGCAUAUGUUGAAGAAAUCAUUUCACUCCUUGAGCUGGAAAACCUCGCGGAUGCUAUCAUUGGUAGCCCCGAAACUGGGCUGUCGGUCGAGGAGCGAAAACGAGUAACUAUCGGCGUGGAGUUAGCUGCAAAGCCACAGCUCCUACUAUUCCUUGACGAGCCCACGUCUGGCCUUGACAGCCAGUCUGCCUUCAAUAUCGUUCGAUUCCUUCGAAAGCUAGCUGCCGCUGGCCAAGCCAUCCUUUGCACAAUCCAUCAACCCAACUCUGCCCUGUUCGAAAAUUUUGAUCGCCUCCUUUUACUUCAGCGUGGUGGUGAGUGUGUAUACUUUGGCGACAUUGGUAGGGAUGCGAAUGUCCUUAUCGACUACUUCCACAGAAACGGUGCCGACUGUCCCCCUCAAGCAAACCCAGCUGAAUGGAUGCUUGAUGCAAUUGGCGCUGGCCAAGCCCCACGUAUAGGAAACCGGGACUGGGGUGACAUUUGGCGCACGUCGCCUGAGCUAGCGAAUGUUAAAACUGGCAUUGUUGAAAUGAAGUCAAGUCGGAUGCAAACCACUGACGGCCAGGCCAUCGAUCCAGAGUCUGAGAAAGAGUAUGCCACUCCAUUAUGGCAUCAGAUAAAGGUCGUCUGUCACCGGACGAAUUUGUCGUUCUGGAGAUCCCCGAACUAUGGCUUUACUCGCCUUUACAGCCAUGUUGCUGUCGCCUUGAUUACCGGCCUCUCAUUCCUAAAUCUAGAUAAAUCUCGAACGUCACUCCAGUAUCGAGUUUUCGUCAUCUUCCAGGUUACCGUUCUCCCUGCUCUGAUCUUAGCUCAAGUAGAGCCCAAGUAUGACUUAUCUCGUCUGAUCUUCUAUCGGGAAUCAGCGGCAAAAGCCUACAGACAAUUCCCAUUCGCGUUGGCAAUGGUGCUUGCCGAGCUUCCUUACAGCAUUAUUUGUGCAGUGUGCUUUUACCUACCGCUCUACUAUAUGCCCGGUCUCCGCACAGAGUCAAGCCGAGCAGGAUAUCAAUUCCUCAUGGUUUUGAUUACGGAGAUAUUUUCUGUAACCUUGGGCCAGGCAAUUUCAGCUUUGACACCCAGCACAUUUACAGCGGUCCUUCUCAACCCCCCGAUUAUAGUUAUCUUCGCGCUACUAUGUGGUGUUGCUGUACCAAAGCCUCAAAUCCCUAAAUUCUGGCGUGUGUGGCUUCAUGAGUUGGAUCCGUUUACACGCCUUGUCAGUGGCAUGGUUGUGACCGAACUCCAUGGGCAAGAAGUCAAAUGCGCAGGCCUAGAGCUAAAUCGAUUCACCGCACCGCCUGGCGAAACCUGUGGCUCCUAUAUGGAGAAGUUCUUCUCCAAUGGCGGACCUGGGUAUUUAGUUAAUAAUGCCACAGAUAUGUGCGAAUAUUGUGCAUACAAGGUCGGCGAUGAGUUUUACAGGGUCUUCGGGAUGUCGUUUGAUAAUAGGUGGAGAGACAUGGGUAUUUUCGCUGCCUUUAUUGGAACGAACUUGCUCCUGCUAUUUAUUGGCUCCCGAUAUUUCAACUUCAAUCGACGGUAA